AUUUCAAAUUUGAACGAAAAGCAUGCAAGAAUGCUCUUGAAGAUACUCAGACCAAAGACAGCAAGACAAAGAACCAGCAUGUUUGCUAGAAAGCCUCUAAAAUCAAAGCCUAAUAACCAAAAAGCCAAAGAAAGCAUCACCUCGACUAAAGAUAGCCGGAGGAAGAGACCUUCUUCUCAUUAUUAUCAGAGAAAAACUCAAAACAAAUGAGAUUUCUCUACUUCAAUAUUCUCUAAAGUCAAUGAUUUUGGGCAGACUGCUCAAUUUAUUGAAGAGGAGACUAUGCACUCUGUUUCUAUAGUUCAUGCCUCUCAAUCUCCAAAUAAUAGAUCAAUCAAAAAGCCUGUCAUGUUCAAUAAAAAGGAGUUGAGAGUGAAGCAAAAGAGGGUAUCAAGAGGGAAGAAGAAGCAAACGCUUUCCUUCUCUGUUGCACUAAAGGACUCUAAAGCCCAGGCAUCGAUAGCUCCUUCAGUGUACAACAACAGAGAAAAAACUGUGCUCAAGACCAUAAUAAAAUAACUGGAAGAACAAAAUUCAAAGUAUGGAGACCAAGCUAGAUAAGAGGAAUCAAACCUUGCAAGAUCAAUUAUGAGGCAAAGAGGGGAAAUAGACAAGCAGAUAGGCUUUAUAUCGCUAUACAGGCUGCUAAAGGAGAAAAUGAAGGAUUGAGUAGAAAAAUUGAGGCAAGAAAAAUCAAAAAGAAGCACCUUGAGACAAAGCUAUCCAAGCUGAAGCAAAUUGUAGAACUCAUGAAGGGCUUAUAAAGAACAACAAAGAUAUUGGAAAAGAAAUAAAGGUUUUCAACGUGCUUGAUCUGCGUAAAAUUGAGUACUCUGGAACCCAACAGAGAAAAGAUGUAAUUGAUGCCAACGAAGAAAGGAUAAACCAAAUGGCCGAAGAAGAGGAAAUACUGAAAAACUUGAAAUACAAUAUUUUAGACCUAGACCAUGAAAUGCAAAUGGACUUAGAGUCAAAUGAUAAAGAGAAAGUUGAGAAGAAUGUAGCCAAAAUGAUGGAUGGAGUAAUCCAAAGAUUCUCGCAAGAGAAGUAAGAUAUUAAGAUAUUUCAACAUUUGAG